GGGUUUUGUUUUGUAGAAAUCAUUCAUACCUUUCUAAGGCAUUCAUCUGGUCGCUGUAUAUGAUGUUUGUUGCUGCGUCAUUAGCAACCGGCAAGGUUAUGUUAAGAAUGUGUUAAGAAAACCAUAACACAGAAUUAAGAAUAAAUGAACAGGAGGGUAAACGAUCUCUUUACCCAUAAAACUAAAAGUCUUCUAAAGAAAAAAACCAGUCUAGUGAGUAGACAUUCACUGGUGAACGGUAUUUAUACCAGAUCGAAAUAUUCCCAUCAUUUGUUAUAUUCAGUGAUUAUUGGAAUAAUACUAAUACAUGACCGAUGUCUAAUGAAACGCGCUAUUCUCUUCUACUGAAAUGUCGCCAACAAAAAGAACACUCAACUCAAUCUUGUAAUUUAACUCCAAAUAUCAACAAAAGGAUCAAUUACUUUUUCCCAACAGACCAUCGAAUCUAAUGUAUAAAGCAUAACACAAUUUAUCAAGAAAGACAUACCGUUCUGGAAGACGUAAAGAUCAAGGUUUUAUCAACAAUUCACUUUUAUACAUUAUUUCAUUCUUCCUAACCUGAAGUCUACUUUUUGCAUAAUGAAACAUUUUGAACGACUUCAAUAUCAUAUUUACUGUUGUUUAGUUUGUAUGGCACUUAUAUGCGGUCCUGUUUGAUAAAUGUCAGCAGAUUGUUCUGAUAAUGAAAAUAUAGAAUCUGGUCAUUUACCCACUGAAGAACUUGCAGUAACAGCCACUUCACAUCCAGAACAUAGAAUCCUGCAAUUUUCAUCAACGGAAACACUACCACUUGCACUCCCUGUUUCAGUGACACUGUCUUCAACGACAGCAAUCCCCCUACAAACAGAAAUUGAACAGCAAGAAGACACUCGUCACGGUUAUCAGGAGUCCUUCGAGCUCACUGAAAAUAGAGAAAAGUUGCAAGACUGUAUUGAAGUGAAUUCGUCAAUUAAUCCGCUCUCAGCAGAAGAAAUUUCAGAUAAAGAAAACAGCGGAGAAAUUAUGACAAGUCAUGAUAAUAGAAGAGAUAUUUCACCUGAAUGGAUACCGGAACAACAUUACAAUGUUUACACUUGUUCCAAUGUUACACCAAGUUCUCAAUCGGUUUUGCAGCUAAGACAGUAUUACACAAAUUUGGAACAGUCUACAAAACUAAGUGGGUCUAGGAUAACAGAAAGUAAUAAUAUUGAAAAUAAUCUUAAUAACACUGAAAGAAAAUCCAUCCGCAAAUUAAGACGUAACACAUUUGAUAAAUCCUCUCAGCCUUCGAGUUUAAACAGCCAAAUAAGUCAGAUAGACCCUGUAGAAGCAUUUGGUCUUCAGAAAGAUGAGAAGGUCCGCAUAUCAGUUGAAGAGUUGCGGAAAUUAUUCGAGUCAGGGGCAUUUAAUGAUUACAGUAGAAAUCAGAAAGCCGGUGAAACAACACCUGUAUCACCAGAACAAAAUGAGCAUUCGAACCAUUUGAAUCGAUCUAAAUCAUUUGAACCAAUAAAAUCCGUUCCAGCUAAUUCUGUGGAAUUUCACUCACGUCCACCGAAAUUUCGUACACCUAGUCCAAAACCAUGCAAUCUGCCUACACCACCUCCACUACCUUUACCACCAUCUAUGGAGUACGUCGACAAGUCAUAUGAGAUUACACAUGAAAGUGACAUAAAUAAACCAAAGAAUAAGAUAAGACAUAAAAACAAAAACUAUUCAUCGUGUUGGAGUCAGCCAGCAAAACCAAUACUGUCAAUGAGUCUGCCUUAUCGUUCAAGAUCUUUAGCUCUUGAUCGAAAAUCUGAACCUAUCCAUACAAACAGAGGAAGUUCAUUAUCACGUUACCGGGCAUGUUCAAUCACUCAGCGUUCUUUGUCUCCAUUGCCUAAUUCUGUAUUAGUAAAAGAAGAACAGCUUAAGGAGCAAGCACAGAAUACAUCUUCAAAGUCCACAAACAAUAAGAACCCGAGGAUGAAAACAUUUACAAAUACUAGUAAAGGACUAAAUACAAAUUUAGAAUUGGGCAAACAGAACGUCAACCAAGCUUUAGUUCAUUAUGAUGAAUAUAAUUUAAAACCGGACCAGAUUGUUUGUGUAAAUCCUUCUUCUACCGACGGUGUAUACGUUAGAUCAGCUGUAGUUUAUGAACGUGUGAACGACAAACCUUUUCCGACAGAGCCUAAAAAUUUCAUCACGACUUACGUAGUAUCUAAAUGGCCAAGUCCUAGUCAAGCGACGGUCCAAGCGACAAAUUUAUGGGUUGCUGAACAGUCUCUACAGCAGUAUAGGCAGAAGACAUCUACACCUUACAGAUCUCAAACCAUAUCGAAAGGUAAUACUACAGUUCCGUCCAAUGAACCAAAGGCUAUACAACCCUAUGACAAAGGUCGAACCCGUAGUCCUGUUCAUUUAAAGAAAACCACAAUACAACAAAAAGAUCGCAGUUCAGUAACUCAGCCAAGAAUAAAAUUUGAUCAGUGCGAUCAGAGACAUGAUCACGUCAGAAAUACAUCCUUGUCUCCUCAACCAUUACCUACUCCACCACCUUCUGAGUUACACCCACAAAUACUGAGAUGCACAAGUGGUCAGUGUAGCCCAACACGUCAAAGACGUAUUUCUCAACCCUGCAUAAGUAAACCAACCCAUCUUGAUAGAAAUCAAUUUCCUACACGACAUAGACCUUAUUUAAGUCGUUCGUGGUCGGUGAAAUCUUUAUCACCUCGUCCACCUUUCCGGAGUCAGUGGCUGAGUUCAAUGAGUCAGUCAAGAAGCAGGCAAAAAAUAUUUGAUAAAUCUUACAGCCUAAUCCAAGAAGGGCAUCACAAGCCAUGUGGAGAAAAAACUUAUAAACAAUAUCAAAGCGAGGAACUAAACAGAAUUAUUAACUGUACUAAGCAUAGAAGUUGCGUUGAGUCACACCGUGUGGAAAAUGCACGUCGUUUUAGAGACAGACAAAAAAAGCAAUGGGUCAGACGUGCUGAAGAAAUCAGUGAAGAUAGACUAAAAUAUCACGAGCUUCGAGGAAGCUGGUCGCCACCCGGUAUGCGAAGUCCACCACGCUUAACACCAAAUAACAUGGAAGAAUGUACAGAAAGAGAGAUUCAACGCUACGUUAGACAACACUCGCCACCAGCCCGUUCACCACGUGUUGCAUUUCCUAGGUACUCAUCUUGUUAUGCACAAGAAUAUGUUAAAUCUUUGGAUAAAGGUAUACAAUGCGAUAGUGUUGACGGAUAUGACAACACAUGUGAAAGACUGGGACAGUUUAUGAAUGACUGUGUAGAUACUACACCAAUAGCGGAAGAUUUUGAUAGAAAACGUGCCUAUUUUGAAGAACUAAUAAGAGUGAACCGAAAUUUAGCUCAGUGCUCAUUCUGUUCUGACUGCUAUCAUUGUUCCCCUGGGCAAACGCCUAAACUGAGCGCUUAUUCAAGCUGGGAUUCCGAAAUCAAUAACUUAAACAGUCAAAACAAUUUACUCGUGAAACGUGAUUGUUAUACAAAGAAUCAAGCAACUAACCAUCACCAACAGCACCACAACGAAGAAUAUCAUCAUUCACAGCAGCAACAGCUGACUUAUUUCAAAAAGCCAAUGCAAAAUUUAGAUUAUAGCUAUCAUGAGUACAGCAAUAAUAACAACCAUUAUUCUAGUGUUAAAUAUCAAAAUAGGAAUGAUAACAAUAAUAAGAGUAUUUACCCAGUUACUCUGAGUGAACCUCAGCAGUAUGCCUCUAAUACUUAUCUGCCAUUUGAAAACCAUGUAUAUGUUGAACAGGAUUCCUACUACCCCUGUUUAGACAAAAGUUUAAUGAAUUAUCCUAACAUCAGUUCUACGAAACAUGAUUAUUAUGCAAAAGCUAUGAACUCCAUGCCAAAAGUUGCUCCUAAUCCACCUACAUAUUGUAAUAACAACUACAGUAACAUGUAUAACUACUACACACCCUAUGAAUCGGUGGUUCGCUAUAGAAAUAUAUCGCCGUUAUGUGUAGAGCUGGAGGGUUCACCAAAUAUUACAUCACCACAUAAUCCAUCCGUUAAUCCACGUUCUCACAUCAUACGAAAAACAAAUCAUUCACCACCGUGUAGAUUUUCCUCGUAUACAACAAAUCAGCAACACAAUCUAAUGAACUUUCGACCUCACACACAGCAGUCAGAUCACCAACUACGACAUGGUGACUCAUUGGAAAGUUUACACUGUGAACAAAAUGAGUAUGCGGAGGAUCAGCUAAAAUAUUAUGGUAGAGUAAAACAAAUUGUUCAAGUAUUGGACAAACAAGCUGCUGAAUUUAACUCACACGUUAAUCCAGUCGAAUCAGUAGCUAGUCCUAAUCGACAUCGACCAUUAAGACGCAGUCAUAGUGACAGAUUCUCUUACCUAAUGCCACGAACAUCAUGGUAGUUUUAUAAUAGUAUCAAGUUAUAAUUUAGCUGAAGACCAACAUUAUUCAUAUACUGUACUUCAAUCAAAUAAUCCAAGAAAACCAAUGCUUAUGUCUUUGUGCUUCUUAUUCAUUUUCUUGUUUACUCUUAAAUGUUGUAUGAAUACUUAACAUGAAGAUAAUUUCAGGAAGAAAAAAACAGCAAAACAACGAUCUAGGAUUUUCUGGCUGUUUCAAUUUAUUUUACUCUAAUUGUUUAGUCUUCACAUUUUAAUAGUUUCCUUAGUUAUAAUUAUCCUAUUAAUAAGUGAAUGAAACACUUGGUAAAAUAUAUAUAUGUACUAUUUUUCAGUAUACUGUUAGUCAAAAAAGACAGAAAAAAAUUAGCUGAAAAAUUUAAAUAAAGGAAUGGAAAGAUGAUGAAAAUUUGGAAUUUAUUUUAAUAUCUGUUCAAAGUGAUUACUGAUGUUAUCUGUUAAUUUGCUUAUUUUAACAAUAAAGUCUUUCUGGCU